CGGGUUUCGAACACUCAGCUGAACACAUAAUGUUCAUUGCCAUCGCAGGCACACCAUCGUCGGGCAAACGUACUUUGCUGGAAUACCUAGUGAAUAGGUAUGGAUUCACUCAAGUCGGACUGGACAAGAAAGGAGAAGUUGGUCCCACCGACUCAGACUCAUCAGCUCAUCUUGAAGUACCGCUGAGCAGUCUAAGUGUGUCUACAAGUUCAACCCCGGCAGUCACAACCAUUGCCACUCUUCCUAAUCCGCCUCUGCUCCCUUCUACUGCGACCCUGUUGGACUACACAACUCGGAAUUGGCUCUCACACCACGUAACUCUCGAUCUCACAUCUUAUGAAACCAUUGAGCCGUUCGUCAAGCGACCAUUCUUCCUCCUUGUCUUUCUGGAUGGGCCAUUGAGAGCGCGAUAUGAGCGAGAGCGACAUAGACGGAAAGACAUUACGCUGGAUGAAUUUUGUGCAGAGCACGACGUUCUCUUAAAUGCCCCUGAAGCAGACUUUCGCCGAGUGGUCAAAGCGGCGACACUGAGUAUAUGCAACAACGCGCCUACAAUAGCAGAGUUCUACAAGCACUUGGAUCAGAUGGAUUUAUUGAAUGAAGAGCGGUUGAGACCCGGAUGGGACAACUACUUCAUGACCCUCGCCUCUCUCGCCUCGCACAGGUCUAACUGUAUGAAACGUCGUGUCGGCGCCCUGCUUGUCCGUUCCAAGCGCAUCCUGUCCACAGGCUACAAUGGCACUCCGCGCGGGACUCGAAAUUGUAACCAAGGUGGUUGCAGACGCUGCAAUGGGUCCGCACGAGGCGGCGAGGCGUUGGACGAGUGCCUCUGCCUACACGCUGAAGAGAAUGCCCUGCUCGAAGCAGGUCGUGAGCGUAUAGGAGAAGACUCGGUCCUUUACUGCAACACCUGUCCUUGUCUGAGAUGUUCAGUCAAGAUUGUCCAGACGGGCGUCAGAGAAGUCGUGUACAAUCAAUCGUAUAGUAUGGACGCAGCAUCCGCCAUGGUCUUGCGUGAAGGCGGUGUCACAUUACGACAGCUUCUGAUAUGAUGCAUU